AUGGCAUCAUAUUCAUUUACUUCAGAGCCUCGAGUUGUAGCAAACCGUACAGAAAAAUACAAGCCAGAAGAGCGCAUGACAAUGAACCUCAUGUACGACAAAAGAGUCUAUCGUGGGCACGUCCAUGAUAUCCACAAUAUUCGAGCUGACAUAACUCCUCAAGAACAAGAACGAAUCCACCUAGAAAAAGAAAAAGAAACAAAGCAGCUCCAAAUGAUGCAGUCCCAGUUAGACGCUUUCAAGAAUUCCAAAGUUAAACAAACGCCUUACGACAUUCGUCCAGCAGCUGCAGCCCGCAUUGAGGUAGAUCUCACGUACUUUUUGACAGACCAAAAAGACAUCAAGCCAGACGAAGCUGAAAUCAACACUCAAACUGAUGCAUUUUUGCCUAAGCCGCCCUCUCCAAAAUACGUCCCAAAGAAAACUGGUAUUGAUGUGACCACGCAGAUUGAAGACGGCGAUUUAUUUAAUUUUGAUGAAGCAGUUGAGCCUAUUUUGAAUGUUUUAGUUUACAAAACGCUUGAACAGUCACUCCUAGAAGUAGAAGAAGAAACUGAAUUUGAUACUAUGGAAACGUACAAAGAACAAAAUAAGCAGAGAAAACAUGAAGAACAAGCAGAGUGGGCAAAAGAAGUCAAUGAAGAAAUUGAAAGAAUAAAAAAGAAGGAUGCUGAGGUCCAGAAAGGAAGGACAAAGUAUAUGAAAACUGAAAACUUGGUAAUCAAAUUUCAAAAUUUGAACUUAGCAAAAACCUAUUUAAGCCAGCUGAUCCCAAAGACUGUUCGAAAGAUAUAUGAAGAUAAUGUUUACCCAGAAUAUUUCCCACACUUAUUGCAUACUCAUUAUUUGCCGUUUUUGCUUGAUAAAACUGUUGAAAAGAUCAAGACAAAAGAAGCAGCCUCACAAGUUCCAGACUCAAUAUUAAGCUCGGCGGCCACAGAUUUGAUUAAUUCAAGAAAAGAAUUAAUUAAAAGCCACAAGAUAAAAGCUGCAAAGCAAAAAUUGAGGCUUCUUAAUUUCAGUGAUGAUGUGCGCUUUGUGAGAUUUCUAUAUGUGAAUCCUAGAUAUAUAGCUCAAUCAGAAUUCACAAUGAGAAUUGAAACGAAAAUUAAAGGGGAAGAAUACAGACGCCCUGAAGAAGACUCUUUGCUAUUAAAAGAUAUUGAGCCUCAAGAAGAACAAUCAAGCAUGUCGAUUCAUGAAGAAGAGAAAUCAAAAGUGUAUAGCGAAAAGCCAUUGGAAGAGCCUAAAGAGAUCCAAAGACCAGAAUGGGCUAAGUUUACUACUAUUCAAAUUGAUAAUUUCAAACGUAUAGGUUUUGCCUUAGCAAAUCACCCAUUUUUAGAUACUCCAAAGGACGGAAGAAAAUAUGGAGUUAAAGCUGAGAUCUAUAGUGAAAAUGGGCAUCUAAUUGGCAGAGUAGAUAUUAAUAGCUCUCAAGUGCCCCAGGGAUUUAAAGUUUAUAGCAGCUGCCGUAAUGCUAGCCUUAAAACAUCUGAUGAUGAAAAAAUUGUGAUUAAGCUUGAGGAGCUUCCUGAUGCAGCCCAUCACAUUAUUCUCUAUGCUUCUACAGUCAGAAACAUUGCUACAGAAUUCAAACACGCCAAAUAUCAUAUCUUUGACUUUGAAACUUCUCAAGACAUAGAUUCUAAGUUCAUCAAUGCUGAAGAGUUCCAGCCACUUGAGGAGCAAGGCAUAGCUCCUCUAUAUCUAGCUUAUAAAAUUUCCAAAACUGAAUGAAACCCUCGCCUUAUACAAGUCACUUUAAACCCAGAUAACACUCCUAAUAUUGAGUAUCCGAAAACUCCUCAACAUUGGGUACUUGAGAUAUUUAACUUGCCAGUCAAUAAACCAUUUGAGGGAGCCAGCAAAACGAUUCAGGAAACUAUUGAGGAAGGAUAUAAAUAUUUGAAUGAGUUUGGAGAAGAGCUCUCUCAAUAUAAAACUCGCAAAUUAAUAGAGGAGGCUGAGUAUAAAAAACUUCAAAUGGAAGAAGCUUCAAAAAAGAAGAAAAAACGAAACAAGAAUAAGGAAAAGCAGAUUGUCGCACCUUGGAAAAUGGCUGAGUAUGUUCCAAGGCCAUAUGAGUACCCUAAUACUUCAUUUGGUCCAUUCCAUCUAGAUAUUAGGAAGAUAUCAAUAGAAGAAAUCAAUGAGCUAGUGAAAUCAGGGACAGACCAAGAGCUUUUAAAUAAGUUUGAAAACGGUUUUUGUUUGAAGAUAAGAAAUCAUGAGCUCAAAGAGCCAUUACUUAUUUUAAAGGCAAAAACUCUCUGCGAUCUAAAAAUAUUGGAAUAUUUCCCACCACCUCCUCCUCCAGAGCCAGAAAUGGCAGAAAUAACAAUGCGAGAAGAAGAUUAA